AUACGUCACAGGCAUCAGGUUUCGUUUCUCAGGGAUUAGUCGGGCUGCUUUUGGAAACGCCCUCAGCUGCACCUUGUGCUGCUAUAUUAGUGUUUACUUAGCAAGAAGAAUUUUCUUUUCUCUGCAGCAGCUGUCUCAGCAAGGCCCUCUGCCUGUAUGCACGUCCUGCAUCUCUGGAGUCUGCUUGUGACCUGUGCUGUUGCAGUAGGAAAGAAUCAAGAACAGAAGAAGAAAGAGUGCCCUAAGCUCAGCGCACAGAUGCCCGAAUUCCGGAAAAAAACUGUCCAUAUCAAGGACCCAGAGAGAGUGGAAGAAAUUAUUUGUGGCCUCAUCAAGGGAGGAGCUGCCAAACUUCAGAUAAUUACAGACUUUGAUAUGACACUGAGUAGAUUUUCUCACAAUGGCAAAAGAUGCCCAACAUGCCAUAAUAUCAUUGACAACUGCAAACUCAUAACAGAUGAAUGUCGCAAAAAGUUAUUCCAACUGAAAGAAAUAUAUUAUGCCAUUGAAAUUGAUCCUAGUCUUACAGUGGAAGAAAAGUAUCCCUACAUGGUUGAGUGGUACAACAAAUCACAUGCUUUACUUAUAGAACAAGGAUUGCAAAAGGAGAAACUUGCUGAAAUUGUGAGGGAGUCUGAUGUUAUGCUGAAAGAAGGAUAUGAAAAUUUCUUUGAUAAACUCCACGAGCAUAAUAUUCCUGUAUUCAUAUUUUCUGCUGGAAUUGGAGACAUCUUGGAAGAAGUCAUUCAUCAAGCAGGCGUUUACCAUCCCAAUGUCAAAGUAGUUUCCAAUUUCAUGGAUUUUGAUGACAAUGGUAUAUUAAAAGGAUUUAAAGGAGAAUUAAUUCACGUUUAUAACAAGCAUGAUGGUGCCUUGAAAAAUACAGAGUACUUCAAACAGUUAAAAGACAACAGCAACAUCAUAUUGCUGGGAGACUCCCAAGGAGAUUUAACUAUGGCAGAUGGAGUGGCAAACGUCGAGCAUAUUCUUAAGAUUGGUUAUCUCAAUGAUAAAGUUGAAGAAUUGCUGGAAAAGUAUAUGGACUCAUAUGACAUAGUUUUGGUGAAAGAUGAUUCCUUGGAUGUGGCCAACUCAAUCCUACAAAAGAUUCUGUAAUGCACAUCAUUGCAUCUGGCAUGAUUUCUUCCUCACAGAGGACGCUGGACAGAUCAGUUUACCUGUGCUGUCUUAGAAUUUUAAUGUUGAAGACGUUUUUCUUGCAAUUGCCACUUUAUUUGAGAAGUAAUAUACUGUAUCCAUUACCAUUUGGACACUCCUAGCUGCUGUUAAACACAUUUCAUUUGUAAUUACAUCCCUUAUUUUUUUUUUAAAUUCCAAUGUGACUAACUCAACAAGGAUUUCGGUUUUUAUUAACGCAUAAUAUUAAAGGGAUGUUUUUGAAUUGUGAGUCUUGUGGAAAAAAUCUGAAUGAGUAAAUUUGCAAACAGUAAGACUUAAUUUUGUUAUUUCAAACAGCAAUGUUGUGUUUUAAAAUAUUUUUUGUAUAUCCCUAAAAAGAUAUUGUGUAGCAGAACACAGAUAAAGGACCUCCCUGUUUGCUCUUUGUACCGGAAAGAGCUACAGUAUUAAGUCUGCACAAUAAAUUUGUAAAAUCCUGUUGGCCAUAACUAGUUAAUCUUGAAGUAGAUCUUCUAGAAUGCUUUAUAAUAAUAUUUGCACAAGGAUAUAUUUCUUUCUGCUCUGUAUCUUGGAAAUGGACAAUUAUGAAAUCACCUUUUCUUAUUUACAGUAAAUGUAUAUCCAUAGCAAGAAUAUGUUUAGUAACACUGGAACAUUUUUAAAAUAACCGUGUGAGA